AAUUUUCAUUGGUCAAGUCAACGACUUUAAGGACUGGCCAGGUGGGAGAAGACAAGGUUAAAUCACCGUAUAUAAUCUCAAUCCCGAUAAUCCCGCACGAUUUAUUUCCUCCAAUAGUGCCACAGUACCACCAGUGUGACGUCAUGCGAGGUGUUACCAUUAUCCUGAUCCUUGCAACAGCCGUCCUUAAAAUCGACGCUUACGCCCUCGGGUACUCAGACUUGAUAAGUUCGGAGACCUCCUCCUCUUAUGGCUCGUACAGUCAAGGGUACACUUCCGGGUACUCGUCCCUUUACCCCGGGUAUUACGGGGGCUAUGGCUACUACCGUCCCAUGGGCAAUUUCGGGUACAAUGGGUUCGGGUAUGGAAGCUCAUACUGGCCGUAUUAUGGCUACUCGGGGAGCAUGUACAGGCCAUACUACAGCAGCUAUAUGAGCUACAGGCCGUAUGGAUACUACGGGGGGCUGUAUGGCAGCGGGCUCACGGGGGGCUAUGGGAGUUACUAUGGGGGCUAUGGCUCCGGCUGUAUGGGCAUGUACAGGCCCGGGUGUUAUGGCUAUUACAGCUACUACAAGAAAUAGCUGUGAGUUUGUUUGUGUUCAAGUUACUCCACAAAAAACGAAUUAAAUAAUUCACCAUUAA